AUGCUGGUCGGCACUGUUCAUCUUCAGGAUUCCGCAAGCUCUGAAGCUAUGUCCGCCGCCAGCAGAGAGCAGGAGAAGCCGACGCUGGGUGAGGUCGUCGAUCAAAUUGGACUAGGACCGGCGCAGGUGCGUGCAAGCCUCCUCGGUGGUGGAGUUUGGCUGGCAGAUGGCGCCGAGCUGCUCCUGAUUGGCAGUGUAGCAGACACACUGGCCAGAAGUUGGCAGCUUUCGCGUUUUCUGAAGGGCUUCGUCGUCACUGUGGUCUACACAGGGGUCAUGGUCGGAAACAUUUCCAGUGGACCUUUGGGCGCACACCUGGGUCGAAGGGAGUUGGUCAUUGCCUCGUACACGGGUAUUUUCAUUUUCAGCAUUCUGUCUUCGACAUCAUCCACCAUAGCCGUACUUCUCGUUUGGAGGUUCAUCGUCGGCUGGAGCAUCGGCAUUGGGCAGCCAGCAUGGAUGGCGAUUGCAGCUGAGAUCACGCCCUCUAGCUGGAGAAUCGUUACUGGGGGGUUCUCGCAGACAAUGUUCGCAUUCGGCGAGCUCUACGCUGCGUUCCUGCUGAUGAACGAUGACCCCAGUCUAAAGCAUUUGAACUGGCGCCGUGUCAUCCAGCUCGGUGCCAUUCCCUCCUUGAUUUUGAUGGCACUGGCCAUCCCCUUCCUGCAGCAAUCGCCGACCUACCUGCAACUUAAAGGAUGUCAUGCCGAGGCGAUCAAAGUUCUGGAGAGCAUGCGCAGAGACAAUCGAGCAAGCGAUGUCUCAGUUGAUUUCAGGCUUCCGCUUAAUCCGACGUCGAGUUCAACCGAAGGGAUGUUGGACAUGUUGUGGAAGCAGGGCAAGACCAUUUUGGGCGCAAAGCUGAUCUUACCCACAAUGGUCGUGUCAUUUACCUGCUUCGAGCUCAACCUUCUGUAUUAUGGAUGUAUCUAUGCCUUUCCGCAAGUGCUUUCUGACUUGGUGGCAGAGGGUGCUGCACAACAGUUGCUCGUUGGGGCACUGUGGGAGAUUCCCGGAGUUUGCAUUGGCAUUGCCCUCGGGAUCAUGUACCUCAGGAAGACAGGCAUCAAGUUUUACCUGACCUUAGCCGCAAGUGUAACUCUGCUCUUCAUCAUCGGAGGGAACAAUCGCAACAGACACUGGGCCUUUGACAUCGCACUCUAUGCGGGCUAUUACGGAAUCAAGCUCUCGCCGAAUAUUGGCUUCGUCUUGGUUUACCAGGUCGCCAACGAAAUCUACCCUGCUGAGGCAAGGACUUUGGGCUGCGGGCUUUGCUUGGCCUGUGGGCGGCUGGCAGCAAUGUUGGGGCCGUUGCUCUUCGAAGGGCUCUUCGAGCUUACUGGCACAUGGCUCACGUUUUUUCUGAUCAUGGCCGGCUUUGCAGUCUUCAAUCUGUACGUAGUCGAUGUUAUUCCAGCGAAGCUCGAGCUGCAAGAAGCGAGGCGGAAGACAGUGGCUUUGGAGCUACCCUCGAGGUGGUUCGAUGGUCAAGUGCCCAGACAGGUCAACAACAUCGGCCCUGAGUCCUGCUGGCACCAGUUCGCACUACUGUUUGGAAAGGUUUCCACAAUUGAGCUGGUCCGUCCAAACGCAAGUGUCCUGGUGCAGCUGCUGGUGUCCUACAAGGACCCCGAGGGAGCAGCGGCACUCAUGGAAGCCUUGACCGACCGCUACCUUCUCUACACCAAGAGUGGUGUUCCGGACGACUGCUACCCCGUCACCCUCACUCCGGGAGACGGCUACUCCCUCAGAGAAUAUUACUGCUCUGCCAGUGUUCCAAGCCUCCCUCCACGGGAGGUUGCCCAACAGGAGGUGCGACACGAACGACCUGCUGUUGGUGGCCAAACUACUGCAGCGCAGGCUGAGUGCACCUCCCUCGCAGACACCCGUCAAGUCUCCGCCGAGGCUACCGGACCUCCUGCAGCAUACGUGCUGCGGCGUUGUGGCAAAGGCCCCGUGCCGGAUGCCCUUCGGGAGCCACCAGAAAGUUUCAGCAUUUCCGCUCAGAAGCCACGACUUGUCUUCGGUCGCGAAGAUACUUGUGAUGCAGUCCUGCGGCAUCAGUAUGUGUCAAAGGUGCACGGUACUUUUGUCCUUCAGGACUCACCUGAGGCGCUGUGGCAAGUGGCUCCACAGAAGAGAUCUUGCAUCGAAAUUCGAUCGAGGUCAGCCUGGGCCGAAUGCUGCUACUCCUGGACUCUUCUUCAAACGGAGUUUGGGUGA